AUACGACUGUGCAGUAGAAGAAGCUGCUGCCUGCUGCCAACAUUACUCUUUUAGAGGACAAAGGAAAGGAGACUUGUCUUCAUUCUUGCACCGCUUGAGUUAGUCCACUCAUCUAGACAACGUAAGUGUAAAGUCACCGUUCCUGACAUGGCCAACCCUUUAAGGGGUGAGGUCAUAAGACUUUACAAAACUCUGCUGUAUCUUGGCCGUGACUAUCCACAAGGAGCAUCUUAUUUCAGGGAGCGUCUGAAGUCAGCUUUCAUGAAGAACAAAGACGUAACAGACCCUGAAAAGAUUCACAAACUGGUGGCCCGAGGAGAAUUUGUCAUCAAGGAACUGGAGGCCCCUCAUUUCCUCAGAAAAUAUCGAGUCAUGAAGAAGAAGUAUUAUGAAGAACCGAAAAAAUAAACACACUGAUAUACAGCUACAAUUAAGCAUUCUGCAAUGAAAUGCAGUCUGUAAGUACAGUCAUUGUGCUUUUAUUUACAUGAUAAAUGUAUGUUUUUUUUCCACAUUCAUAAAGCUAUGAAUGAAAUACAGUGCACAUUGUACGGCAGCUCCAAACAUCUGCCCGGCUAUGAUGACGAAAACUAAUCUUGUCAUGCAUGGAAAUGGAAUAUCUAUGUGUAGGAAGUGCCAAAAAGUGAUGUUAAGGAAGUUGGUACAGAUUGUACUUUGUAUUUCAUUGCACUUAAUGCAGGCCUGGUUCUAGAACAAAAUGACUUAGGGUGCAUCUGAGAUUUAAGGGGGUGCAGCUACAGUGACCGGAAACAUCAAUGAAAAAUAGGGUAGGUGUUAUGGGUCCAUCACGUGGUCCCCGGUGAACGUACGGGUCAUGUGCACCUAUCAUGACCAUCAAAUCAUGGAUGUUUUAAACACGAUCUUAGUCACUGUUGUCAUUUGAAAGCCUUGAUUACUUAUUGUAAAAAAAAAAGAAAAGACAUUGUUAUUUUUUGCGUCCAUUCAAUUGAGGGUGCAUACAUUUAAAAUGAGGGUGCAAUGCAACCUUUUGCACCCUCGUAGAACCGGGCCUUUAAGACCAGUGUUAUAAAUUAGAAUAACUUUUUACAUGCCGGUGUUUUGCCAAGAAAGUCAUGCCUACCAAGCAUUGCAUGCACCUCACAGGACAAUCAAAUAUGGCACAUACAUAAUUUCCAUUCUGCCCAAUUUUUCAUCCAUCCUGAAAGUAACAUGCUGCUGUAUUUUGCAUCCACACUUUAAGUUCCUCUGAAGACGCUUUACAGUUAAACACUGUUUGCAGCUCAUAUUUACUCAGGCUAAUGAAAUGUGUCUUCUAUGAAGUCUUGGCAGGUAUGCGUGUCUCUGCACAACACGGGUAUUAUGAAUUGUUUUCCACUAGAACAAUUGUUGCAGACAGUUAGACCCUUUGGGAAAUCAUUACUGUCAAGUUGAAUGUGUUUUUAAUCAAGGGAAAUUAAUGUCAUGUCCAUUUUGAAAAGAGUUUUCAGAUCAUGACUGCAGACAGUUUUCAUAGUUCUACAGCUGCAGAGCUGCACUUAUUCUGUGAAUGUGAGAUUGUAAUGAACUGUAACUAUCAAAGCAGAUAUUGUAUUUUGUAUAUCAGUGUUCUAAAUGUAUGGUCACACUUUUUUAAGACUGAAUGUACUUGACUAUUAAUGCACUAUUAGAUAGAAAAAAAAAUAUUUAUAAAUGACUUCCUGUGUCAUAAUAAAUAUCACAUGAAGUGAAAAUGUCAAAGAUGAAAAAAGGUUUUGUAAUAAACGUAGUGACCUGGAUGUUUAGAGUUUUUAUUGAGGUAACUAAAGUGAAACAUAUUUUCUACAUGUAUUUAGUGCAUUUUUAAAGUGUAUAG